CCUCCUCUGUCAAUCAACGUAGGGGGCGGUGCGGGGGCGGCUGGAGCGCGGCUGAAGCACUGGGGGAGCCGAAGCGCGGCGCGGAGAGAGCGGGGCGGCGGUGGUGGGACCGUGGCGGUGGUGGCACCGCCGCUGAGGAAAAGCAUGUAUGCAGAGUUCAGUGGCAGAUUAUUUAAGGUACGUGGGCAAUCCGUGGCAAGUACAUCUGAAGAAAGUAUGACUAGCUGCAAGAAUCGGCUGAACUUGAGCAUGGAGACCCAGAAGAGCCAGCAAGCCCAGGAAAGGAAAUAGUUGGAGGAAUAUUGCUAGACAUAGAAGAAGUUGUUGGACAUAUACUUCUGCAACAAUCACUGACUCAGAAUAACUGCAUUUGUAAGAAUAUCAGCAGUGAAAUGACAGGGCCUGGUGCUUUUUGAUUUUCUAGUGGAUUUUGUUACUUAGGCAUUGCUAUUGACAUUUUUAUUAUCUCAUUUAGUACAUACUGAAUCUCUCUGUACAUAAAAAUAUAACUGGACAAUUGCAUUUUUAUACUGUUUAAUAACACUUUUGAAUGUUAAAUCGUUUGCCAAGAUGAGUGCUGAAGGAUAUCAAUACAGAGCUUUAUAUGACUACAAAAAAGAGCGAGAAGAGGACAUCGACUUGCACUUGGGAGAUAUAUUAACUGUGAAUAAAGGUACCUUACUAGCGCUUGGAUUCAGUGAAGGGGAAGAAGCAAAGCCUGAAGAAAUUGGUUGGUUAAAUGGCUUUAAUGAAACCACAGGGGAGAGGGGGGAUUUCCCAGGAACUUAUGUAGAGUACAUUGGAAGAAAAAAAAUAUCCCCUCCAACUCCAAAGCCUCGUCCUCCUCGACCUCUUCCUGUAGCACCAAGUUCUGCAAAAAGUGAAGCAGAGAGUGAGCAACAAGCUUUUUCACUUCCAGAUCUUACAGAACAGUUUGCACCUCCUGAUGUUGCUCCACUGAUUCUUAUCAAGAUAGUGGAGACAAUUGAAAAGAAAGGUCUGGAGUGCUCGACAUUGUAUGCAACACAAAGCUCAAGCAGCUCAGCAGAAUUAAGACAAAUUAUUGAAUGUGAUGCCUCUUCAUUGGAUUUAGAGGCAUUUGAUGUGCACACUUUAUCAGAUGCUCUCAAGAGGUAUCUCCUGGACCUGCCAAAUCCUGUCAUUCCAGCAGCUGUUUACAGUGACAUGAUCUCUGUAACUCAAGAAGUGCAGAGCUCAGAGGAAUAUGCUCAGUUGCUGAAGAAACUCAUCAGAUCUCCAAAUAUACCUCCCCAGUAUUGGCUCACACUCCAGUAUUUGCUCAAACAUUUCCUCAGAGUUUGUCAAGCCUCCAGCAAAAAUCUUUUGAAUACAAGGGCUUUGGCUGAAAUUUUCAGCCCUCUGCUUUUCAAAUUUCAGACUGCAAGCUCUGAUAAUACUGAACACCACGUAAAAAUCCUUGAGGUUUUAAUCACCAGUGAAUGGAAUGAGAGACAGUCUGUACCAGCACUGCCUCCUAAGCCACCAAAGCCUAAUACUGUAACUAACAACGGCUUGAAUAACAACAUGUCAUUACAAGAAGCUGAAUGGUAUUGGGGAGAUAUCUCAAGAGAAGAAGUAAAUGAGAAGCUUCGAGACACUGCUGAUGGUACCUUUUUGGUACGGGAUGCUUCAACCAAAAUGCUUGGGGACUACACACUUACACUAAGGAAAGGAGGAAAUAACAAAUUAAUCAAAAUAUUUCAUCGAGAUGGAAAAUAUGGCUUUUCUGACCCAUUAACUUUCAACUCUGUGGUUGAGCUAAUAAAUCACUACCGGAAUGAAUCUUUAGCCCAGUAUAAUCCUAAGUUGGAUGUAAAAUUACUUUAUCCAGUAUCUAAGUACCAACAGGAUCAGGUUGUGAAAGAGGAUAGCAUUGAGGCUGUGGGAAAGAAAUUACACGAAUAUAAUACCCAGUUCCAAGAAAAAAGCCGAGAAUAUGACAGACUCUAUGAAGACUACACAAGAACAUCUCAGGAAAUUCAAAUGAAAAGAACAGCUAUCGAAGCGUUUAAUGAAACCAUAAAAAUAUUUGAAGAGCAGUGCCAGACACAAGAAAGAUACAGUAAGGAGUACAUUGAAAAAUUUAAGCGGGAAGGCAAUGAGAAAGAAAUACAAAGAAUUAUGCACAACUAUGAAAAGCUGAAGUCUCGGAUAAGUGAAAUUGUGGACAGCAGGCGUAGAUUAGAAGAGGAUUUAAAGAAGCAAGCAGCUGAAUAUAGAGAGAUAGACAAGCGUAUGAACAGCAUUAAGCCAGACCUCAUACAGCUGAGGAAGACGAGAGAUCAGUACUUGAUGUGGCUGACUCAAAAAGGUGUUCGGCAAAAGAAGCUAAAUGAAUGGCUUGGAAAUGAAAAUACAGAAGACCAGUACUCUAUGGUAGAAGAUGAUGAAGACUUGCCUCAUCAUGAUGAGAGAACAUGGAAUGUGGGAAAUAUCAAUAGAAGCCAAGCUGAAAAUCUGCUGCGGGGAAAGCGAGAUGGAACAUUCCUUGUUCGAGAGAGCAGCAAACAAGGCUGCUAUGCCUGCUCUGUUGUGGUGGAUGGAGAAGUAAAGCACUGCGUGAUAAACAAAACACCUACUGGGUAUGGAUUUGCAGAGCCAUAUAACUUGUACAACUCGCUCAAAGAAUUGGUGCUACAUUAUCAACACACGUCACUUGUGCAGCACAAUGACUCUCUCAAUGUCACACUAGCCUACCCAGUAUAUGCACAGCAGAGGCGAUGAAGAUCUUAGUACUCUGCGUUGUUUGGUUGUUUUCUAAAGAUCUGACAACAUUGAGGCCUCUGGAGAGAGAAGGCUCCUUUCAGCCGUACUCAAGAUUUUGAGCUGUGGUAUCAAAGCUAUCUGUCUUCAGAUGGGACUAGAGCUUUUCUUCACAACUGCAGUGGGAAAGAUCACAGUAUUAAGCUGUGAAUGUACAUUUCUAAUCUGAAGUGCUUUUUUUUUUUUUAAAUUAAGAAAAGAAAACACAAGAGAGAAAAAUCCUAAUCUGAUCUCCCUGCAGGGACAUAGAGGCCUUUAACCAUGGUGCUUGUUUACGACCACUUCUGAAGCUUUACCAGCUAGAAUAUUGGAUUGUCCAGAUACAAGGUGUAAGAGCUCUUUUUCAUUCGGUUAUUGGAAUUUCAUGGUCACAGCUUGGCUUGGAUUUGGUGUUGCUGCACCCAGUGGAUCCGGACACACAGCAUUGUGGAUUCUUUUGGUUCCUAGUGAAUGCUAUGUAGCAGAAUGGCACUUUGGUUUCUAAGGGACACUUUAAAAGAACUUCAGUUACAGUAUGCUGUUCAGAGUAAAUGUAGUAGCAAAGUGCCAGGAAGGGUUUGGUUUAGGUGUUUAAAAAUCCUGUUUUAAGAAUAUAUUUAAGCCUGAAGAAAACAGGACUUUCAGUGGCAUACAGUAGAUAAUAAUGUAAAUAGUAUUGGAUGACUAAUUGUCAUUGGUGGAAAGUAUCAAUACCAAACUGCUUCUCUUUUCCUUUUUCUGUUUGCUGAGAGCUGAAUUCUUAGACUGUGCUAUGCAAUACUCAAUUUUCUUUAGGCUGUAGUCUUUUCUCAAGCAUAUCUACAGGUUAAGCUUGUUUUUCUUUCCUUGUCAUCUUUCUUCUUUCUUUUGCCUGAGAAUAUUUUUCCUGAUUAUUAUUUUUUGUUAUUCGUUUUGUUCUUUGUGGUUUUUUUUAAAAAAAAUGUACAGGAAGCCAGCAAUUGUUGGCUGUGAAAUACUUUCCAAUUUUCUUUGCAUAGAAUAUUGAGCUGCUAGCUCAAAGUUUAAAACAUUGGUAAGUUUGGGGUUUUUUUUUACAAAAUAAUUUGUUGGGCAGUGCCUGAUAAGCUUCAAAGCUGCUUUAUUCAAUAAAAAAUAUAUGAACAUUAUAAAAUAUCACUGAGUCCAACAAUAUUGUUUUGGAGAUAUCUUUAGAAUACGGUACCAUGCUAUAUUUGCUUCUUGAAGCAUUUUGCAUUUCUGUCAUGAUUGUCUUUGUAUUUGGAAGAUGAAAAACUAUGUAUCCUUCUCUGUUAGCCAUUGCGAAAAAAAAACAAAACACAAAGGAAAUUUGGCUACUGAGAUAGAUAGUUUGGAUUUCAGAAUGAAUCCACUCUUCAUAGUAAAUAAAUGACUUCUUGACCUACUGCAACAGAAUUUUUAUCAGCAUGUAAUGGUAUUUUCAUUUCAUAUGAAGGAAGUUUCUCUAAUUGUUGCCUAGGUUUGUUUUUUAUAUUGGGAAAAAAAAGGCUCCCAUCUUUACUGAGAGUGUCUGGAUAUAACGUAGAGCUAAUUAAGACUGGAAAAUUUCUGUUUUAAAAAUGAUUAGGCUGUCACAUUUAACAUUUUGGAUUUGUUUUUGUAAGCUUGCAGGAUUAGGCAUAAUCAAAGUGAACACUUCUGUAAUUUCAGCCACCAGAGAUUUUACAAAAUGAUGGCUUAGUUAAAGAAAACAAGUAAGUGAAUCUCACUAGAGCAAACUUACUAGGAAUUCUGGGACAAUUUAAUAUGGGUGGUUUGCAAUGAUUAUUUAUUGUCCUGACCACCGAGGAAGUUCAUAUGUUGCAAAUCGAUAAAGUAAUGAAGUUCAGAGAAAUCUUCAAAAACCUUUGACUAGUGAACAUACAAAUUUUUCUCCUCUCAAGAUGCAAGGGCAAGGUCCUUUAAUAGUAAAGAAAGUUGCAUACACAAUCAGAAGAGCAAAACCACUGGAGUUCCCUCUUAAUAGCUCUGUUAUAGAGAUACACGUUUUAAUUCAAAGUAUGUAGUGCUUGUUAAGCUAUUUGAAAUAAUAAGGUAUUUGCCAGUCUCUAGUAGUUUUUAUAUUAUCUUUUAAUUUUUAUGUUAUUCCUUCAUUUCUGAGGCUGUAAGUUGUUUGAUUUUAUUUUGAUUUUGUGCUGUUUUUCUGGUGGAUUGUCUUUGCUUUCCUAUAGAUGUAUUUUCUUACUAGAAUUUAUAUCAGGAAACAAGAAUCAACAAUAUUAAUGUAUGGGGAUAGUCAUCAUUUACACAAUUAUUCUGAAUACUGUUUUCUGAAUAGAACUUUAGUCUUCAUCCUUUCCCUUCCUCAUUCCACACUCUUUUCAGGCCUGUAGGACCAUGUAAAUUUGGUUUAUUAAUAACUGGUUUUGACUAUGAAAAGCACCAACUAUUACUCGCAUGCCAGUUAUACUACUGGGCUUGAAGUUACAAACUAGUUCAGUAUACAACCAUUUUAACACUUGUAGCAAUCCAAGAUAUUCUUUGGACAUAUUAAUUUUUGAAUGUUUAAUAUUUUAAGAGUAAAAUUGUAUUUUUUCUCUAUAAGCAAGAUAUAUGUGAUCUGAAUUGAUGUUUCAUGUAGCAUUUGUCAAGAAACGUAUUGUAGAUGGGGCAUUUGGAUCUUAUUUUCCUCAUGUUAAGAAAACCUCUGCUGUCAGUGGGCCGUAUCCUUAGCAUGCCCAGCCCAGUAUGGGGUAUCAUUUGUUUCCAUCAUGCUGUACAACUUCUCUUCCAUCCUUGGUUAUAGCAGAGAAAAAAAAUUGUGUGUGAGCAAAUUUGGCACUCAUUUUCUUGCACAAGCAACAAUGAGAAAUAAGCACUAUGUUGUGGGGAUAAGUGUUAGGGUUUCCUAAGGGGAAGUUCUACCUACACAGGGUCUGUGCAAUUUGCAAGGAUGACUUACGCCCUCAAAUUGGCAUAAGUGGGUUUUCUUUGGUACUUACGUAUUGUGUGGCCUCCGCACUUCCCUCUUUUCUUAAUGCACAGAGCUAUGUCCUGCCAAAGGCCCUGUUCACUACGGAGCUGUUUGUCCUUAAUUUACUAUACUGUUCAUUCCAGUUUUGAUUUGAUCUCAAGUAGGCUAAUAUAAACAGAAAAAAAGCACAUGGAUAUAAUUGAAGAAACAUGAUGCUUUUCUGUAUUUCUAGUAACAUGUAGUUUACCAUCUAAUAUGAUUCAAGAGCAGGAUUUGUUUUGUUACAUUUUUUUAUUUGGGGAAUUUUUUUGGGUUUUUUUUUUUUUUUUGAAUCCCAGAGUUAUGCUGCACUGUAGCAGCACUUUCACAAGGCCUUUGAAAAGUUAUGAGAGAUCACAGAGAACCAAGACCCACAAGCAAAAUCAGUAGUUUCUGAUUUCCUUAAGUUGAAAUUUGAAUUUGCAGAUUUGGGGAUAUGUGCAUAUGUGUGCACACUUACUGUGUAUAUGUAUGAAUAGAUACCUGUAUAGGUGCAUUUUCACCAGACGUGAUCAUUUUGCUGAAUUCAGUAACUGGUACUAUUAACUUCAUUAAAAGGCACACACAUAUGCACACUAGACCUUUGUGGGUGCAGCAUUUUUCCAACUACAGUUAGUAAACCAAGUUUCUGCUGUGUUGUUGGAUUUUUUCUUUUUUUUAUCUAAGGAAUCUUGUUAAGCAGUCCUUAAAACCAAAUCUUCAGAUUUUCUGUUUGGUUUCAGCUGUUCUGUAGUGAAGAAAUGGCUUUGUCUUGUAAUUGGCAAUGAAAUAAUAAUGCUUGGAAAAACAUUCAGAUGCUUCUAAUGGGGAAAACUUAUGCCGAUUUUCACACAGUGCUUUUGCUAUGCAUGGUAUUAAGUUGGGAAAGUGAAUCCUGAUGAUAUUUUUUUUCAGGGUCACUUCAGAAAUGGGCAGCUCAAAGUACAAUGCCUCCCAUGGGACAAGGUUCCAAGGUGCAACAUUUUACAUUGAAUCAUGUUGUAUUUACUGAAGUUGAAGACUAAAGUGGACUGUGGGAGUUGGUAUCGUUACAUUGCACUUGUCCUAAUGAGACAGCAUUAGCUGCCCAAGAUGCUGCUAUUUUUUUUAUUCUUGUUUUUAAAAAUAAGGCUCUGUUCUGUUAAAUGUCUUUGAAACAUUAGAAUUAGUUUGUUUAAAAAUGGUCUUUGACAGGUGGAGGGUAAAGUAGGUUGUAAGUUGCCUUUACAAGGCAGCAAUGAAAAUGUGCCUCCUUGGAAUUUUGUUCGAGCUAUAGAGUUGAUGGAGCUGUGUCUUGUUUUUAAGUUGCUUUAAAAAUUGUAAUAAGUCUCCAAGCAGAAUAAAGGUUGUUUUAAAACUGCAUUUCAGUUGUUGAGGCUUCAUUGAGGACUGAGAUGUCUGUCUGCCAGCAUCUGACUUCCUGUCUUUAUGCGGACUGCUUUGAAAAUGAGAUCCAAAUACUCGUAUUAUUAGAGGGGACUAGGGAGCAAAUAAUUUCAACUGACUCACAGCCAUCUACUGUAUUGAACUGAAUGAGGCAGCUGACUAGCUCCAGAAUAGUCUCAUGUCAAACAAUGCCAAAAUGACAGUUCUUCUCAUCUCAUCUUCUUGUAAAAGUAGUAUUUAUUAUCUGUGAUCUGCUUUUUACACUGCAGAUGAAGUUCUGGCUCUUUUAAAUCAGUGUGAGUUUUGUCACUGAUUUCCGUGAAGCCAGUCUGUCAGCCUUUGUAGCUAGAAGUGAUUUAUCAUCUUCAUGGUUGCAUCUAAUUGUAAAAACAAACAUGAGAAUGAAGAAGAGUGAGGAACUGAGGGAGAUAUUGGGCAAGACUCAUUCUGAGCAUGGUUUUCAUCCCCUCAUUAUUGGUAUGUGGUAUCUGGCUUUUUCAAGCCCAUAUCUUGCCCCCGGAGAGGUCCUCCAGGGAAAUCGGCCAACCCCUGUGGAAGAGGAAAGGGAUUCCUAUUCUUGUUCUGUUCAAUGUUUCCAUUCCAAAAUCUGCCCACAAUUUUGCUUACAAUAGUCACAUAAUAGCCCCUGACUGAGGUACUUGGGUAGCACAGGCUUGAAAUAAAUACUAAGAGUCACAACAUUGUCACCGGCCCUUAGAGUUUCUUAUAAGAAACAUGGAUUUAAGGCUAUUAUUGAUAUUUUUAACCCACUUAAUAGAAACUGGGACUAGAUCACCAAAGAACGUAUCGGUUGCAGGUAUUCUCAUUUGCUAUGCUGAUUCUUUUAAACAGGUGUUUUUUAAAUAAUUUAUCUCAUUCCUGCUCCUGAACCAGUGUUGAAUAACACAAAGUCUUCUGCAGACAGUAGAGCUCAACAUUAAAAAUAAGGUUAGCUAGGUCAUGGAUCGUGCAUUAUCCAUCAUCAGCUACUGAGGAUAAUUAUGACUGACUGAUCAUAAACAGCAGAAGUAUACAGACUGGCAGAUUUCGUGUGCAUGUCAUACAUUGCAUAGAAAUUACUCUUUGCAAACUAAAAAAUAGUUCACAAAAAUGUCAUUCUAUUUUUAUUAUCUGCAGAUAAACACACACCCACUUUCCCUCUCUGUCUUUUGCUAAUGCUUAAUGGUCAUUUUCAUAGGGACUAUGAAAAACUGCUCAAAUAUAUCUUUUUGCGGCUACAAGUGGGUGUGAUAUUUUUAAAGCUUGAGAAUGCUCAUCAUGGUGGUUUUUUUUAUCCCCAAGACAAUUGACUGAUUGUGAAGUCAUGUGCAAAUCAACUUCACACAAAUUCAUUUGUCUGUGCUGCAAAGCCAGAGAGGGAAGAGGAGAUUUAACUUCUUGUUAUUGCCUUGCCCAGGCUUUGCUGAAGAGACAGGUGGCACCUCAUCCACUCAUCACUCAGCCUCCAGCACCCAGGAGGACACCUCCUUCAGCCAACCAACCUGGCCUGCUGUAAAUCGUAUCUCAGCUGUGAUCAGCAGGCUGGUGAGCAAGGGUGGCUUCGGAAGGCAAAGGUCCCUGUAGAGCAAAUAGACCCAAGCAGGGAGACCAGGAGAGCCCACGUGGGUGUCUGUGGAUGGCUCUGCAUGGACAUACACAGGCACUCCCACGGCUGAGCUGCAGGUGGGGACCCCAAGGCACGAAAUGGCAGCGUGAAGAGACCCCUGUGGCAGCAUUGCUGAGGCCCCCUGGCCCCUUCUUGCUGCCCUUAGCAGACUCCCAUAUGGGCAGCACUGCCUUACGCCAUGGGGAAGAGCCCCACCAGUUCACACAGGGAUGCUUUUGGGAUUAUCAUGUUUAGGAUACACUUUUUACACUAGGGGCCCUCAUUUAGAGUGUGGAAACUGAUGAAGUGGCAAACAGUGAGGUCCUGCCAGAGUCCCUGGCUGGAAAGAUGGCUAAAAAUAAGCAGUUCUGCUUCCCCUGUCAGAUAGCAGGAGGGAGCUGGAUCAGACAGGCUUCCUGUCAGAUGUGAGCUGUACAAAAGGCGAUAGACAUUCAGUACCGCCUCUGAAACAACAAAAAGCAUGAACUGUGGGAGUGAUGCAGAGGACAUAGUUGAAGUGUUUCUCUUUUUUUAAUCCCUUUGAGGACCAGUGUCCUCAAAUACAUAGACUACCAAAAAUAGAAAGUCUGUAGGGACUUCUGGGUAAACAGAUAUCUAUUGAUCAGCCACUAUUCAAACUUUGGAUAAUCUUUGCAGGGACCAGCAUUUUAACCUCUGAACAGCAAUCAGAUAACAAGAAACAUCCUGACAAUUCUUUGAAAAAGCAGGUUUUAUCUAUGUCUGUGCCAGACCAUGUUUCCUGCCAGAAAAGCAUUGCAAGGACACCUCUUGUUUCACUGUUCUUUCCUCUACAAAGAAAUUACUUUUACAUAUUAAAACGGUAGACGUUUAGGCCUCUGAUUUAAACAUGAGCAAAUAUUGACAGGAGAAAAAUUUAACAGGUAGCACAGAAAAGGAUUUAAAACCUGCUGUCCUCUGGUCUUUGAACAAACAAUAUUGACAAAACCAGACAUGCAUAUAGUUAAUUCAGAUGAUGAUUUCACUGUCAUGUGUCUGAUAUUCCUAAAUUCAUUAGAAGAUUUAGCCUGAGAAGAAAGAUAAUGAAUUAAUA